AUGCUGGAAGUUGAGAUAAGAACGCUCACGGUCUUGCUUUUUGGCGGCUGCCUCUUCCUCACCGCAUACCUCCAAGUUCGCAAGUAUGACGUCAGCCCUCUCCGUGGCGAUGGGGGGGCCGCCGUUGCUCCUGCUUGGACCCCCCGGAAAUUGCUUUGCUGCGCUCUGAGGAAAGAAGAAGGAGCCGACGCCGCCGACUGGUCCCCCUUCCUCCGCAGCCACGAGAUGGUCGCCGUCCAGGUUCACAAGGCCCGCGAGCAUCCCCGGCUGGCGGAGGCGAUCCUGACGAUGGCAGACCUGGCCAGGGGAUCCCUCCUGACGUCACUGGCUUCGCACUUCCAACCAAGGCUUUCACCAGAACUAGGCGCUCCCGAAAUUCCGUCCCCUCCAAACGUUUGA